CACCAGUCACCGUUUCUCGUUUCUAUAACACAUGACGCACGCAGUUCUACGCAAACAAGCAACAGCAGCUAACAAAACUCGGCUUUCUUUUCUCUAAGUAAAAAGCUGCAGCCGGGGGGUCUAAGCAACAGAAAAAUCUCCCCCACCUGAUGGUUAAGGAGUACAGCGAUUUGUUUCUGUUUUCGUAACUUUUCUUUGUGUGCAUCUCUCCGUCUGCAUCAUUUGUUUAGGAGCAGCGCAUUAAACAGCACAUAAGAAACAAAAGCACGUGUUUGCGUCAAGACUUUCAAGUGGAAUACGAAAUUUUGCAGUUCUGUUAACCCCCUACUUCUGACUCCCCGGCUGCCGUGUUAAAGCAAGGAGACUGACGUCAGAGCUUUCAAGAGAAACACGAAUAAACCAGGGGGCAAAACGCUAGAGGAUGACAGCCGGCAACUGACCCUACUCCGCUUUGUCGCUGAUUCAGCCAGCUGUGGUAAACCCGCGCACCUUUCACCUCCUCUGCCGUCCUUCCCGGAUCGUGGGGAGUGAAGAAACAGCUGUAAAGCGACGCGGGGACCACUUUACUGUUAUCUGAACAAUGCCAAGGGAUUGCAUUAUGGAGACUUCAUCUAAAGAAAAUGGUUUUUCUUCUUGGGCUGUUCACCUGCCAGUCAAACAGAAAUCUAUAUCAUUUUUCCACAGACCUCAGCUUUGUUUUUCUCAGCUUAAGAUUUUUCUCAUGGCACUGUCAUUUGCAUAUUUUGCUAAGGCUUUAUCUGGAAGUUAUAUGAAAAGUACAAUAACCCAGUUGGAACGGCGCUUUGAUAUUCCUAGUUAUUUGAUAGGAGUUGUUGAUGGAAGCUUUGAAAUUGGCAAUUUACUGGUGAUUGCUUUUGUAAGUUAUUUCGGGGCAAAGAUGCAUAGACCAAAAAUUAUUGGAGCUGGUUGUCUUCUAAUGGCCAUUGGAACAUUUUUAAUUGCAAUGCCCCAUUUCUUAAUUGGCCGGUAUAAAUUUGAAUCAGCGAUUGGAUCCUCACUGAAUUCAUCCAAUACUUUUUCUCCUUGUUCAUUACAUCAUGGAGAGGAUGCAUCUGGUCAUAUAAAUGAUCAGUCUUCUGUCAUCCCAAAUUCUGGUUGUGAAAAAGAGGCAGGGCUGUCCACAUGGAUCUAUGUUUUUCUUGGAAACAUGCUGAGAGGCAUUGGGGAGACUCCGAUACAGCCAUUAGGAAUUUCUUAUGUAGAUGAUUUUGCACUUGAAGAAAAUGCAGCUUUUUAUAUUGGUUGUGUUCAAACCAUCUCAAUUAUAGGUCCAGUGUUUGGAUUCUUACUAGGAUCAUUGUGUGCGGGGAUAUUUGUUGAUGUUGGCUUUGUGGAAAUGGACAGUGUUACAAUAACUCCUGCAGACUCACGGUGGGUUGGUGCCUGGUGGCUUGGAUAUUUGAUUGCUGGAAUUAUUUCUUUGUUGUCUGCGGUUCCAUUCUGGUUCCUUCCAAAGUCUUUGCCAGACCCCAGAAAAAGAAGAAAUUCAAAAUCAUCUCCUGAACAAUCCAGAUUUAUUAAACAAUCUGCAGCUGGUCAUAAGUACAUUGUGGAAGAGCCUGUAAGUUUCUCUGAAAUGGCAAAAGAUUUCAUUCCCUCGCUGAAAGGACUCCUUGGGAACCCUAUAUAUUUCUUGUACCUCUGUAUAACAAUUGUACAGUUUAACUCUCUGAUUGGCAUGGUAACAUAUAAGCCUAAAUACAUUGAACAGCACUAUGGCCAGUCUACCUCCAAGGCCAACUUCAUUAUUGGAGCUAUUAAUAUUCCUGCUGUUGCCUUGGGAAUAUUCUCAGGUGGGGUUGUAAUGAAAAAACUGAAAUUAAAUGUGAUAGGAGCCGCAAGAUUUGCACUUGGUACCUCUGUGCUGGGUUUUGUCAUAUCACUUACCUUUUUUGCAAUGGGAUGUGAAAACUCCAAAGUGGCAGGAUUAACCAUUUCAUAUGAAGGCAUCAAGCAUAUCUCCUAUUUUGAAAAAACAUUGUCAGCAGGUUGCAAUUCUGACUGCUUCUGUUCUGUGAAACACUGGGAUCCAGUUUGUGGAAGUAAUGGAAUAACUUAUAUUUCACCAUGUCUUGCUGGGUGCAAAACAUCAAGAGGUUCUGGAAAAAGCACUGUGUUUGAUAACUGCCAAUGCUUGGAAUUAGAUGGCUUUUCAGGUGGAAAUAUUUCAGCAGUACUCGGAGAGUGUCAGAAGAGAGAGGACUGUGAUAAAAUAUUUCCUUAUUUCCUAGCUUUAUCAGUCAUCAGUUCUUUCGUCAUAUCUUUAGGUGGCACACCAGGAUACAUACUGCUUAUUAGAUGUAUCAAACCGGAAUUGAAAUCUCUGGCUUUGGGUUUUCACACAUUAAUUACAAGAACACUAGCCGGAAUUCCAGCACCAAUAUAUUUUGGAGCACUUAUAGAUGCCACCUGCUUGAAGUGGGGCAGCAAAAAAUGUGGAGGCCGUGGUGCAUGCCGCAUAUAUGAUACCAAUGCCUAUAGAAUUGUCUACCUGGGAUUAACAUUAGGUUUGCGAACAUUUUCUUAUUUCUUCUGUGUCAUCGUAUAUAACUUGUUGAAAAAACAGUGCCGAGAGGAAAGCCAAAGUUCAUUAGCUAAAGGUGGAUCAGAAGCUGAAUCUCUGAGGAAAGACGACGGUGCAUCUUUUACCAGUGACAAUUUAAUUUAUGAAACUGAUUGUUAUUCAGAAAAGGAAACAUGUUUAUAAUAUGAACUUGGCUAUAUAUUUGUCUCAGAUAAUUUGCCUGUGAAAGUUUAAUUUAUACUGAACAUUUGUAUGAGUUUUGUAGAUUAUGUGAAAUAAAGCCUUUUUUUAAAUAAAUUAACAGAACUGAA